AUGCAUGGUGGCGCAAACUCUGCAGUGGCCUCUGUGCAUGUAGAUCCGACUGCCCAGCUGCAAUACAACAGGCAGCGGGGGACCGAAGCUUACGCGGAAUGCGAAUAUUCUGACGGUUCUGCGGAUGAGAACAAUCGUUACCCCCAACGGGGGCAGCCGCCACAAACGCAUGAAACAGCGGCCGUCUCCAUAACGGACAACAGGCAGCAGAGCAACAUGACACCACGUGCGCACGCAGGCGGGACCGGGGGCGGUGGCGGUGGCUCAACCAUGCGACGCAAUGUUAUUAAUAGGUUUGAUUAUGGAAUCAUAUCACCUAGUGAUGCACGCAGUCUGUUUCUAGGUGCAUCCCUGCUCAACAUCUUUUUCGCUAUUCUUGGUACUUCUCUAUCGCAACUCGACGAAGUUGGUGGUGCGUGUUUUACUUUUUGGGGUUACAAAACGGAUUGUGACUCGGUAAGUUACACUAUCCGCACUCAACUUCUGCCGUGUGCACCCAUUCGCGGGAGACUUCAGACUGGAGCCGCAUUUUCUAUCAUAUCUAUUUGCCUCUUGGCAUCAAUUAUUUAUCUUUAUAUCAGGUCUGCGUUGGCAAAGUACAUGUCACAAUAUAAUGCAGAGGGGCAAACUCCGGCACGCAGGAUGGAAUCGCGUAGCGGCAUCUUGCCAGCGGAAGACUCGAUUGUGGCGAGUAAUAAGUGGACUAUUGUAGCGGUGGGUGGUGUUGUGGUAUUGUGUGAGGUCAUUAGUUGGGCAAUGACUAUAAGUGUGUACGUAUCCCGUUUCUGUGAGGAUGCCAGUUUGGAUCGUAACAAAGUUUAUGGACCUGGUUUCGCCCUUUUAAUAGUGGGGACGCUGUUGUUUCUAAUGGCGCUUGUAGUUUUCGCACUUAGGGCAUAG